CUAGCUUAGCUCACAUUUCCUCCUCCUGUCACAGCACAAAAACAAACCUCAUUCACACUCUUAGAUCUGAUCUUCUUCUUCUCUUCUAAACCAUGUACGGCCGAGAUCCCUGGGGAGGUCCACUGGAGAUCAACGCCACGGAUUCCGCCACCGACGACGAUCGUAGCCGGAAUCUGAAUGAUGUCGACCGCGCGGCUCUUUCUCGGCCACUCGACGAAACGCAGCAGAGCUGGCUUCUUGGUCCGACUGAGCAGAAGAAGAAGAAGUUCGUCGAUCUCGGCUGUAUAAUCGUCAGCCGCAAGAUCUUCGUCUGGACCGUCGGUAUAGUUGUCGCCGCCGCUUUACUCGCCGGAUUCAUAACCUUGAUCAUCAAAACUGUGCCGCGUCACCACCACAAGAAUCCAGCGCCGGAUAAUUACACAAUCGCUCUUCACAAAGCCCUCAAGUUUUUCAAUGCUCAGAAAUCUGGAAAGUUGCCGAGGCACAAUAACGUGUCAUGGAGAGGUAGUUCUGGUCUUCAAGAUGGGAAAGGUGAUUCAGGAAGCUUCUAUAAAGAUUUGGUUGGAGGCUAUUACGAUGCUGGAGAUACUAUCAAGUUCAAUUUCCCCAUGGCUUAUGCUAUGACCAUGUUGAGCUGGAGUGUCAUUGAAUACAGUGCUAAAUACGAAGCUGCAGGAGAGCUUGCCCAUGUUAGGGAGCUCAUUAAAUGGGGAACUGAUUACUUUCUCAAGACCUUUAACAGUACUGCUGAUUCCAUCGAUGAUCUUGUUUCACAGGUCGGAGCUGGAAACACUGACGACGGAAGUACGGAUCCUAAUGACCAUUACUGCUGGAUGCGACCUGAAGACAUGGACUACAAAAGGCCUGUGACUACCUGUAACGGUGGAUGUUCGGAUCUCGCUGCAGAGAUGGCAGCUGCUCUCGCUUCAGCAUCCAUUGUGUUCAAAGACAACAGAGAGUAUUCUAAGAAGCUCGUACAUGGUGCUAAGACUGUGUAUCAGUUUGGAAGAACUCGGAGAGGCAGAUACAGUGCAGGCACUGCGGAGUCAGCCAAGUUUUACAAUUCAAGCAUGUAUUGGGAUGAGUUUAUUUGGGGUGGUGCUUGGUUAUACUAUGCCACAGGAAACGUAACUUAUCUCGAUCUAAUCACAAAGCCAACUAUGGCUAAGCAUGCGGGUGCCUUCUGGGGUGGGCCUUACUAUGGUGUAUUUAGCUGGGACAACAAGCUUGCUGGUGCUCAGUUGCUGCUGAGCCGGUUAAGGUUGUUUUUGAGUCCUGGAUACCCAUAUGAAGAAAUUCUAAGAACAUUCCAUAAUCAGACAAGCAUAGUCAUGUGCUCAUACUUGCCGUAUUUCAACAAAUUUAACAGAACCAGGGGAGGUUUGAUAGAGUUGAAUCAUGGAGAUCCACAGCCCCUCCAGUAUGCUGCAAAUGCAGCUUUCUUAGCUACGUUGUACAGCGAUUAUCUGGAUGCUGCUGAUACUCCUGGAUGGUACUGUGGACCUAAUUUCUAUUCAACCAGUGUCCUACGAGAUUUUUCGAGAUCUCAGAUUGAUUACAUACUCGGUAAAAACCCUCGCAAAAUGAGCUAUCUCGUGGGUUUUGGCCCAAAAUACCCGAAACACGUGCAUCACAGAGGAGCUUCGAUUCCCAAAAACAAAGUGAAAUACAACUGCAAAGGAGGAUGGAAAUGGAGAGACAGCAAGAAACCGAACCCAAACACGAUUGAAGGAGCCAUGGUUGCUGGUCCUGACAAGCGCGAUGGUUUCCGCGAUGUACGGACUAACUACAACUACACUGAACCGACUCUUGCAGGAAAUGCUGGUCUGGUCGCAGCUCUCGUGGCAUUGUCGGGUGAAGAGGAGGCAUCUGGUACUAUAGACAAAAACACUAUAUUCUCAGCGGUUCCUCCAUUGUUCCCUACUCCCCCGCCUCCACCAGCACCAUGGAGACCUUGAGAAACCUAAAACCUGUGUGAUUAUGUUACUAGACCUGAAGAUUAAUGUGGUGCCCGCUAAACACACAAGUCAACCAUAAUCAACUACUAAGGAUUUCAUUUGCCUUUUGCUGGAUAUAAAAUUUCUGUGGUUAGCUUACCAAGAGUUUUUUUUUUGAGUUGUGCUUUUGUUAUUGUGAGAUAUGACAUAUCUACGUUUUACUCUGUAUAUGUAUGAUACCAACUUGUAUUAUUUGAAUAACAAUCGAACGAACGUCUCAAACAGUGUUAUUA